AUGAAUGUGUUAGCGUCGCUUCUAUCUUUCAUUAUUUCACGGAAGAUAAAAAGAAAAAAAAUCUUUCUAUCUUCCCUUCUUUCUUUUAUUCUUUUUUUUAUUUUUUAUCUUCCUUCCCUUCUUUCUUUCAUUCUUUCUAUCUUGCCUUCUUUCUUUCUUUCUUUCUUCCUUUUGUCUUUCAUUCUUUCUUUCUUUCAUUCUUUAUACCUUUCCUUCUUUCUUCCUUUCUUUUUUCUUUCUCUCUUUUUAUCUUUCAUUCUUUCUUUCUAUCUAUCUUUCUUUCUAUAUUCCCUUCUUUUUUCUUCCAUUGUUUCUUUCUUUAUCUCUUUCUUCCUUUCUAUAUUUCAUUCUUUCUUAAUUUCAUUUAUUCUUUUUUUCUGUCUUCCCUUCUUUCUUUCUUCCCUUCUGUCUUUCAUUCUGUCUUUCUUUGUUUCUUUCUUUCGUUCUUUCUUUCAUCGUUUCUUUCUUUCUUUCUUUCGUUCUUUCUUUCAUCGUUUCUUUCUUUCUUUCGUUCUUUCUUUCAUCGUUUCUUUCUUUCUUUCUUUCACUUUCUCACUGAAAACAAGUAGCGUCACUUUUCUUUCUUUCUUCUUCUUCUUCUUCUUCUUCUUCUUCUUCUUCUUCUUCUUCUUCUUCUUCUUCUUCUAUGCGUCCCCCAGAGGUGGCUCUCCACAAUUUCCUGGCCUUUGUAGCUCUUAG